AUGGUAGAGCAAAACUUAGAGAAAUUGCAAACCGAUUUGGUUGAGACAGAACAACGCCUAGCUGCGAUAAUUGACUCAUUCAUUGAGCUUGGUGUUUAUGUUUAUGAUUUCCCAGGAACUGAAGAUUCAAUGCAAGGUAUGGUUACCAACAUGCAACGUAAUGUUGACCGUAUGAAACAAUUGAAUCAACAAGCUAACGAUCCCGAGUCACAACUACAGAAUUUCCUAGUACCAUUGGACGUUUUACAGUAUAUAGAAGACGGAAGGAACCCCGAUGUGUACACAAGAGAGUUUGUAGAGGCGAUCCGUCGGUCCAACCAGUACCAACGCGCAAAGAUACACGGCCUCAACAAGCUCCGCGAUUCGUUAGCUGAAAAGAUCAUCGACGAAUUGCCAGAAUUACAACCGCAUGUGGAAUCUAUUAUCGCCAGAACAUCUCCUCAACGCACAGAUCCCAUCUCGCCUUCCAUUGUUGACAAACCUUAA